AUGGCACAACUUCGUCACUGCCCCUCCGAAUUACUCGAUCUUAUAAUCGAAUACCUCAUUCUAAGAAUUGGCAUCGCAAAGGCAGUGCGGUUACGCAACGUGGGUAGGGCUUUCAACGUGGCUAUUCUUGAUGCCAUUAUUGUUCGUCAAGUUGUUGACAGCCUUGACCCUGCUACUCCAUCAUUGUGGUGGCUCAUGUCAUCUGAUCUACGGGCGAAGAUUGCUGUGGUCAAAUCAUGCUCAACGGAAGUGGCGAGGACCGAUGGCCUGUUUGCCAUUGCGCGUGUCAAUCAGAUGCUGGACAAGUUGACAAGUGAAACCGAUGAAAACCUCUUGAGGAAGCGGCACGAAGCAGUGGCCGAGGUGGUCAACCCCUGUUGUUCUGGUUACGGCUCGCCAGAUAAAACCUACGAUGCUAAACUGGAGGCUCAGAACAUCCUUAGCGGCGCCAUUAUCAUUGGCAAUAUGCCUGUGGUCAAGUCAUUGCUGACAGGUAGCCAGGACGUCCCGACGCCCCUGGUAAAUGUGAAUGGUACCACUUCAUACUUUGGAAGACCACUGGUCCUGGCCGCAGGCUGUGGCCACAUACAAGUUGUACGAUAUCUGCUGAAUCAUGGCGCUCGGCCAGACAUAAUCAGCGGCUAUUCGCUGCAUGAAACGGAGAUUGAUCGUGAGAACAGUGACUGGGAGCCGGCUCUCGAUACUGCUCUUCUCCUCGCGUCUUCUGGAAAUCGGCACCCAGCUACAGCACCCAGUGCACUUCGAGCUGCUGUCUUAGGAGGCUAUAUAGACAUAGUUCGCCUUCUGCUGCUACCGGAAUACAGAUUAUCACCUUCAAAAAUGGAGUACCUGGCUGCGAUCGUGGCAGCUGCAAGGGUGAGCGUCGACCUCAUCCAAAUGCUAGUGCAGGCGGGCGAGAGAAGCUUCUUAGACAUUUGCGGGCUAGGACAAGAAAUGAUUUGGGAAGCAAUACGGUAUGACAGAAAAGACGUCGUACAGAUGCUUCUAGACACAGGUGCAGCUGAUGUCAACCAGCUAGCAGAAUCGUAUCAUAGCCGUAUAACCUGUUCACUGCAAUAUGCUGCGUCCCUGGGGAACAUUGGCAUGAUACGCUUUCUUUUGGAGCGAGGAGCAAACAUCCACCUUCCUGAAUUCGCCGGCGGGCACUCGCCAGUUGAAGGAGCUGCAAUAAGCGGUCACGAGGAAGCCGUUGAAAUCCUACUUGAACAUGGAGCCAACCCCGAUGAGGCCCUUCGCGGCGCUGCCCGCGGGGGUGAACCGCGUGUGGUCAAAUGGCUCCUGGACAGAUUUCCAGACCUUCUCCAUCAGGAGAACGGUGAUGUAGGUAGGAGAGCACUCUUUUACGCCGUGGGUUGUAGAAAUCUGACAUCUCUCACCAUCUUGGUUAAACACGGCGCUGCCCUCAACGAUGGCUACGCGUACCCCAGCGAACUCCCAAUCAAUUUGGCAAAAGAUGGUUUCGGAUCCUGGGUUGUCCGUCAUCUGCUUUCUCUUGGUGCUGAAGACACAGACACCGAGACUCUCCAGGAGAGAGAGUUCACCGGAAUGGGGUUCAUACGCACCAGCGAGCGUACGUGGGAAUGGCUGGGGAAGUAUUAG